AUGAAGCUUGCGCUGGGCAUUGCCGCAGCGCUUGUGGGCUGUGCUGCCGCCUCACAGCCCGCCGCCGACGUCUACGUUCUACCGAAUCGCGAAGCCGCGUCUCCUCCAUCCAUCCCCAGCAGCGUCGCCGGACUGAUUACACAGCAGCGAGCGUCAUCCGGCUCAGUCGCCUCCGUCAGCGAGAUUCCAGACAAUGUCGCCGCCGAAACGGUGGUUUCACUGUUGAACCAAUUCGGGAAAAACCGGCCCUCGUUGUUCGAUGAACUCACCGAAGAGCCCAAGCAGCUGUUCGUUAUGCUGGAGGGCCUGACAGGAGAGCAGAUCAAGAACACCCGAGCGAAGCUGAACGUGCAGCCGUCAUUUACUAUCCCUGACGUGCCUUCUAUCGACCGUCUGCGGUGGGCCACGGGACUUGACAUGUCUGUUCACAAGGGGUCAAAGAAGGAGAAGAUGGCGUGCUCGUUUGGCGAGUUGAUCAAUCCCCUCGAGGAGCGAUGCUGGAAGGGAGAUCAUCUGAUUACUGAGUACAAUGUUCAAAAGACACCGGAAAUCCUCGACGAUGUGAUCAACAACUUCUCCCGACUGGCUUCGCUUGCUGACAUUGGCGAACUGCAAGUGACCUUGCUGCUUCUGCCUUCUGUUGGCAAGUUGUCGGGCAAGAAGCAAGCACUGAACCGACGCCAAGCAGAGCGAGUCAUCUCCUCCUUUCGCAAGACAGCCGCCCCUGCGGUACCGACCUCGCCGGCAGACAAGAACAAGAACGCUUUUACCUCCGCAACACCCAUCCCUGCCUGCUUCGACUCCGUGGACAGCUGCGUCUCGGCGACCGGCAACUGUUCUCACCAAGGGCAAUGCCUGGACAAGUUCAAGUCGGAUGUCGCUGGCGGCAAGGUCUGCUUUGCAUGCCACUGCCUGAGCACCCGCUCGACAGAUGAUGGACCGCUUACCCACUGGGCGGGGCCUACUUGCGCCAAGAAGGACAUAAGCGUUCCCUUUUGGCUUUUUGCGGGCUUCACCUUGCUUCUGCUAGGAACCAUAUCAUUGGCCGUCACUAUGCUCUACAACGUGGGUGAAGAGAAGCUGCCGGGCGUCAUUGGUGCUGGACAUAUCGAAUGUGGGCGAUUUGCUGCCUGUUGGAGUCUAGCGCAGAUGUCCCAGCUGAGCCCGUCAAGGUGGACCUGCGGCAGGAACAAGCAUCUUCAACAGCAGGAGCAACCUGGAAGCUUCAAACGGCAUGAGCGAGACUGCCUGCAUAAGGUUCCGAGUACCUCAAGCAACAGCCUGGGCUCGAGAGCCGAACGGCCAAAGCUUCCCACCGCGAAAUGGGGAGCUGCGUGUGCGCCGUGUGCGACGGCAAAGGCCAAGUGUAUACGGUCCAACGAAGCGGCGGGCUCUAAAUGCGACAGGUGUGAAAGACUGUUGAAAGAGUGCUCCAACCAAAUUCAUCGACCUCGAAAGAAAAGACAAGCGAAGCCAUCCCGAACCUCGCAGAUUGAAGAGCGACUCAAUGGUCUUGUGAGCCUCCUCAAGGCCUCUGGAGAAAUAUCUGGAAACCAACCCGAGCCCUCCUUUCAAGCCGAUGCCAACGAAGAUCCGAGAACAGAAGCAUCUUCUGACCGCCCAUCACCCUUUUCGAGCUCAUCCAGUGCCCUUCCCAGCAUAUCCAACCAGGCCAAUACCUGGAUUAUCGACCCGUCAUACAACUCCUUCACUCCGAAAUCAUGCAUUUGCCAUCCAGACACUUUGGAGGCGCCGCCACCUCCCGAGUCGGACGAGGUCCUCCUUGACUUUUACCGAAAGAAUCUUCAACCCGUCCAUCCCUUUGUCAUCAUACCGCCCAAUGUCUCGGCAGCCGUUCUUGCGGCGAGAAGGCCGUUUCUCAUGGCCGCCAUUCGGAUGGUCAGCUCGUUCCGAAGUAUCAGGUCGAUGAGGGCGCAAAUGUAUUAUCUGAUGAAGCAUAUUGCAGAUCAUAUGCUCAUCCGCUCAGAAAAGUCUCUGGACCUACUCUUGGGGAUCAUCGUCAUGCUAGGAUACCAACAAUAUCACUGCUGCCUCCACGGACAGCUCAACAACUUGAUAACCUUGGCGGGCAGUUUGAUUGGCGACAUGGGGCUAUCUAAACCUCCGGGUGUGCAUGAAAGGACGCGAUUGAUGGUCGUGCGCCCACCGGAAUUACACGGCCGGAGUAACGAAGAGAGGAGAGCGUUCGCAGGGGCUUGGUACUGGUCUUCAGUGAUAUCCAUGAACUUCCAGCGAGUAGAACCCAUGCGAUACAACGGCUAUCUUCAGGAGUGCAUUCGACACCUCGAAGAACGCCCAGAGUAUGACACCGAUAUUUCGCUCGUGUAUCUCAUCAGGAUACAGAGGUUGACAGAGCGCAUUGCCGAGCUCAACUCGAGAGAGGGAGCCUCAGAGGAGCUUUCCUCUGUUCCUUCAGCCCCUGUGUCGGCUUAUAUCCUGGCCUUUCAAAACGAGCUGAACCAAAUACGCGCUUCUAUGCCCAAACAUCUGCAGGAGGAUAGUCAGCUGCGAUUAUAUGAGCCUCCCGUCGUCGACAAGACCUUGGUCCGCUCCUUAUCCAAGUCACUCUCGUCCGUAUCGAUGGCUACCGAUUCCCCUCUUGACAAGAUAUACCAGUCAAGUGCCGCUCUCACCGCAUGGUUCAACGCUUGGCUCUCUCUACCAAUAUCAACCUACUACUUUCAAACUACGGCAGUCGGCUCGCAUCUUGUUUACGCUCUUGUCAUGUUGGCCCGCUGGGCAAGACUGGCGACCCCUCGAGCAAUGUAUGAAGGGAAGACAACGAUGCCAGAUGACCCUAGUGCAAAUAACCCUAACGUCGCCUUGUAUAACUCGGACAUGGCCAACACGCAGUGCGACCCCAGGCUGAUGCAAGACAAGUGCCACAUGCCUCAUGAACACUUGCCAGGACGGCCCGAUCUAGAGGACUCCGACCUAGCAGCUGCCGUGGCCAUCCUGCGCACGCAGCUACAGACGCAGCCAGGCCUCAUGAUUAAUAUCCCGGAGAUUCUCUCGGCCAUCUCCAGCCGCUUCGAGCAUGCCAACGCGACGUUUCAGCUAUGCUCCGCAGAUACAGAAAGGGUCAAUAGGAACGUCUGGAUGAUGACUGCGCUGAAAGUCCGCAUUGCGCGCGCCAAAUUGGAGAAGUGGGCAGAGCUUGUGGCUCAAGGAGCUGAAACCAUGCCUUUGGAAAAUCGACCUGAACCUGACCAGAGAAUGGCGGAUUGGCAAGCGGCGAUGCACAUACCGCAGAUUGAAUGUGCUGGGCUGGACGACAUGGGCCUCUUUGCCGACGAUGGCUUACAGGAGCCACAGCUGGACAGCAACUGGGGGAACAUGGCGCACAACUCCUGGAGCACCGACCUGCUCUCUGGCUUUGAUCCGAGCGGAUGGUUUGAUGGAUAUGUGGAUUGGAAUACACUUCCGAUGCACGCUGCGACCUCUGCACAACGAUGA